AUGGCGCCAGGCCGCGGGAGGACGGAGGCGCGGGCCGAAGCCCGGAGGCGGCCUGGCGGGAGCUUGGCCGCGAUCCCUGUGUCUUCGGCUGCCCGGCUGGGGAGACCUGGGCAGGGGACUCGCCGGUCAGGUCAUAGUGCGCUCGGGGGAGAGGACUCCCGGAAGCUCGCGGUGGAUCCCCGCGUCCCCGCGAGGCGCCCUCCCGCCACCCGCGCAGCUCGGGGUGCGCGGCGGCGGCGGCUGUUCGUCCGCAGAAGCCGCUGCUCUCCGCGCCUCGCAGCCCGCUGCCCGGACGCGGUCUCCGGGGCUGGUUCUGGGCUCAGCGUCCUGGCGCAGCCCGUGCUGCCCGAGAGGCGCUGGGGAGCAGGGGCGGAGCCGGGGGCGGGCCCGGAGGAGGAGGCGUGGGGACCCGGAGGUGGCCGGUGCCCGCGGGAGGCUGGGGAGGUGGCGGCCAAGGCGCUAACAGGUCACCGAGCGGCCGCGAGGGGGCAGAGCCUGCGGCUGUGCGGCGGGGCGAUCAAAGCCCGCAGCUCCCAUGCCCUUCUCUCCGCUCUUCGGAGAGCACUGGGCCCGGAGCGAGGAGCAGGAGCUGGGGAAAGAGAAAGUGGGGAGGGCUUCGAGGCCAGCGGCUCUGAGACGAAGAGAAGCCACGGGUGUGGAUUCCCGAGGCUGAGGACCGACGCGCGGCGGGCGCCAGGUUUGGGAGGGAAGAGAGGCCCAGGCCGCGUGGAAGUCUGCGAGACGCCCCCGGACCCGCGGAAGCGCGGCGCGCAGUCCCGGCGCUCAGGAGCGCGCGGGGGAGCGGGACCCGGAGCGAUUUGGGGACCCGUCAGCCCGGCGGGACCACGACGAACCAGCCCCGCCCCCGGAGCCCAGGCGGGGGGCGGGGCGGCUGCUGUCCCGGUGCUCCGGGUCUCGGGGGACGCCGCGCGCCCCGGCCGGAGUGGGAGGAGACCCCGGGGCUGGCGCGCGAGCGGGCCGGCGCCCCGGCCCUCGCUCCGCACCCCUCUCCCGCUCUCCCGCUUCCCGCGCGGGUGCUUUUCGGGUUCCGGCGCUUGUCCUUCGCAGUGCAGACUCUUCAGCUUCCAGCAUGGAUCCUUCAGCCUUCCGGUGUAGACUUUCUAGCCUUCCAUUCCAGACCCACUGAUCUCCUGAUCCAGACUUGCACGGGACACUACAGUGAGCUGCAGACCUUAGACUGAAUCCUUGGGUCUCCAGUGUGCAGACAGGCUCUCUGCACUCUUCCUCAUCCAACUCUGUGGAUGGCCAUUGCCUCCCAGCUUAGAGUAUUCCUUGAGUCUCAGAAGAAAUUGGAUUUUGACUUUUCAGAACUGCUGAAGCUCUUUAAGACUUUGGUGAAGUCUUAGAUACGGAUUGAAAACAUUUUGUACAAAGAUGAAAAUGAGUCUUUUGGGAGCCAGGGGAGGAGUUUCCCUUGGAGGCCUAAUGUUCUUAUAGGCGGUGCUUUCUAAAGAGAAUUGGACCAUAUAACUGACUUGCUAUGAGGAGGUGGUGCUUGGUUAGGGGAAGCAGGAUGGACGGGGUGUGGCCUAGAAGGGUAUGUCUCCCCUCCCAGCUCCUCUUUUCUUUCUCUGCUUCCUAACAACUAUGACUUAAGAAGCUUUUCCUCUGCUAUGAAGCUUGGCCAUGUUAUUUCUGCCAUGAAGCCAAACAACAAGGAACUAUAGUUGUGAGCCAAAGUAAAUCUCUCUUUUAAGUUGUGGGUAGCAGAGAUUGUGUUCAAGCAUUGAGAAAGUGACUAAGUCACACAGCAAGAUAAUAAAUAUUCAUUAUUUAAGCCCCUAAGUUUGAGAGAUAUUUGUUUUGUAGCAAUAGUUAAAACACCUCAUUGCCCUAAAGGCUGUAAGUUUCUUUUUUUAAAAAAUUUUAUUUUAUUGGUA